GCAGCCUUAUCUGUCUUUUUUUUUUUUUUUUUACAGAGAGAGCCCUCCCCCUCAAGUAUUCCACUCUCUCCCCCCAUUAGUGGGAGAGAUGGGUGAGGUCGCAGUGUCUGGAAUGAAUCAAGAGGGGGAUGGGAGGGCCAGACACCCCCCAUCCGCUUCUUUCGGUCCAAUCCGAGCCGAGGUGGGCCGCACUCGGGCCGGCCUGAAGCCUGUCUCAGUGCGUGGAGCGUGGCGGGGGCGGGGCUCCUUGGCUCCGUUUGACAGCUGCAAAAAUAGAAAAUGUAUCGCUGGUGAUGAGGGGAAGCAUGCUGCUCCAAUCUUCGCCACAUCGUGUAGAUUAAAAAGACGACUUUUUUUUUUAAUCCUUGUGGACUACCCCCCCCUCUUCCAGGAGUAUGCACCGCGCCUUCUCCUUCCCGGUGACGGUGGAGCGCAGCCGGACGAAGGAGCGCCUGGAGGCCAGUCUGGCCGGUCUGUGUGAGCUGGAGCUCCGCAAGCAGCGGCAGGAGGGUCUGGUGCUCGGGGCGCUGGCUCUGGGCGACCCUCGGCCCAAGCAGCAGGAUCCCCCCGACGCAGGAGGAGACGUGUCCUGGUUCAGCAGCUGGGGCCAAGAAAACCUGACAUUGAGGCGCCAGCUGAGUGCUCUUCAGAGUUCCCCGUGGGGCCUCGUGCAAGCGCUGGAGCAACAGGUGGGAGAGCUGCGCAUAGACGCCGAGCACCAUAGCAGCCAUGGCGGUACUCAAACAGACACAGGUUUGUAUGAGUCGAGUGAAGGUCAGUCGCCUAAAGGGAGAUCUUGUUCCGCGGAGCCCCCCGAGAUGGUCUCUUCCUGCGCUUACACCGACAGGCCAAAGUCUGUGGGAGAUCCACUCAUGUUGAAUGGAGAAGCAGACAUGAUGAUCCCUCAAACUGGCCUCCCUCGCUCAUUCUCCGCCCCCCACCCUCCUCUGGAAGGCAUCGCGGAAGAAGGAACCCCAGUGGACUCAUGGAUGUUUGAUCCCAGCAGAAUCGACCAACCCUGGCACCAGCAGCAGCAUGCUCCAGGAGAUCAAAGGGACUACACGCAGGUUGUGAGGGUGGAAGGUUACAUCCUUAAUCUAGUCCAGCGUCACACCCUCUCACCGCGGCCGUGUCAGCCUCGCACGACACUCAACCCAGAUCAAGCUUACUGCUUCACCCCCGCACAUAGUAGCGCCCUACACAGGAGAAGCCCCUCUCUUUCCACAGAGCAUCCAGGGCCUCAAGUUGACCCUUUGCCAAACCCAAAGAACCAGAGUUGGGGUUGUGACCUUCCUGAGGGUGAGGCCUGCAGAGGAGAGGCCCCGUCUUUGGAAGAGGAGCGUUAUUUGGUUUUGCCCUACCCCCAGUGUAGGCCACACUCCCUGACUGGGAGGUUACCAUCACCUCCGCCCUCCCUGGACCCCAACUGCACUGCUGGAGCGCUUAACCUUUGUCGUGAACCCUCGUCCCCCCAGCAUUGUGCGCAUCCACAGCCCUCAAUUCAUCACAAACACAAUCUAGUAAGUGCUCAAUACAUCCCGGGGCAAGCCUGCCAUGCGCCCUUACGAUCCCCCAGACACUUAAACCCGGCCCAGUCCAAAGUUCGCCAAGCAUCUCCCGACCACCCCAAGCCUAGAACCUCCAGGAAGAACCACAAUGACAAACAGAGAUCAAAGAAGUCCAGCAGCAAAACCAGUCGGUCCCAGUCGGAGAAUAGCCUCCUUGGGCAACGAGUGCUGCCUGAGCGCAGGUACAGCACCACUGAGAGACAUCAGGCUCAAGGGCAAGUGGCUAAGGUCCACAUAGCAUCCCCAGUAAACGACAAGGCAAGUCGGCGCUGGUGCUCCAACCUGGAGCUCAGCCAAGAUGAAGGAGAAAGCCACGUGGAGCAAGGACAUAGGAGGGCGCCUCGAAAAGCUCGCCACGGUCACAGUGGUCACCACCAGCAGCAGCACCAUCAGCAUUCUCAACGCUGGCCCUCUGACUUCCAGCAGCGAGCGCCACUCUGCCAAGGAGAAGACGCCUACGCCGGAGCCGCUCCCGCUGAGUCCGAGUCCAGCAUGAGCGAGGUGUACUCCCCGGCUUCCAGCUCGCUUUCCAGUGACUCAGACGAGAGCGGCGGUCUGGUGUGGCCUCAGCAGCUGCCCCCCCGCCUCGCUUCUACGUCCUCUUCCUCCUCACCCUCAGCACAGGCCGCCACCAACCCCCCGUCGCAACCCAAGGCCUUUGUCAAGAUUAAAGCCUCGCACGCCCUCAAGAAGAAGAUUCUGCGAUUUCGGUCGGGAUCCCUCAAAGUCAUGACCACCGUGUGAAUCUGACUGUCAGCAGCUUUUCUAAACCCAACCCUGCGCUGUGCUUCUAAUUAAAGGCUGACACGUCAUGGUUGCUUCCAACCAGCAUCCACAUCAAAAUGGAUCGGCUUUGAUGUUUCCCGAAGUGACGUUAAUUGAUACCAAAUUACUCAAUGUUGACGAUGCCCACAUUAUCGCUAUGGAGCUGAUGUCCAAAGGAAUUAUUAUCAAUGAGUCAUCGGUUCAUGGGUCGUAAAUUCCUUCCUGCACAUGCUAGCCUAUUCUAAACUGUGUGCGGUAGCCGCCGCUACCUUUGACACGUGCAAAGCAGUAAAUAGCAGGACACAUACACUUGUGCAAUAAAAUACAAAGAAGACAUUAAAUUAUGGUGAGGAUCUGGAUAAAGAAGCAUGCAAUGGUUUCAUGAACCAGGAAGUAGCAUAACAAAAAUAAAAUAUCUCAUAAAAUAUCAUGAUGUCAGCUUAAAGAAUACAUCUGAUGGUUCCCAAGACCUUUGCACAAGCCUUUGCAAAGAUCCUCUCUCAAAGUCAGACGUAGCAUAAAUCUAGGCAGCGUCUUCUCCCAAACAGACUUAAAACGCAAGACCGGUGAUGUGUUAUUUUAAACCAGCACAUUGUGAAAUAAUAUCUUUUUUUGACGUGUGUUUACAUUGAGUUCUCUCACAAAUCAUAGCCAAGGCAGGAACUGACAUAAGCAGAAUUUAGUCGACUUUCAUAAGAAAACUCAUGCACUGUAAAUACAAAAAGAAUUGAAAUUUUUGGGGCCACUUGACAAAGAAUGAAUGUAUUAAUAAUAAUAAUAAUAAUAUAAGUAAUAAUACUCCCUUGCCUCCCAACCCUUGCAAUUUGAGCGUGUGUUGUGCAGGACUCACAUUUUUUUUUUUUUUUUGCACAGGACCACUCAUGUUACAGGAAUAUAAUCCACGGUACUAUCAUGCUUCGCUUUUUAUCAGCUCUUUAAAUAAAUUCAAGCGAUGAGGCGUCGCUCUAGCCGCUCUACGUCCAUAGUGACUGACUUAAAUUGUUGUCAGCUGUCGUUGAAGCUCGUCAGUCAUCAUUCCGGAGGUCAUUUUAAAGUCAUGACUACAAAUAAAGAGACAGCACACCCGUACACCUGUAUUUCCAUGAUGUGGCCUUGUUUGGGAUGAAUGUGGUUUUUAAGAAAAUAAAGCAACUUUUCUCUCGGUAGUUUUACACUCGGUUAUUUGAAGAAUUACAACCAGCAACAACAGAAGAUGGCAGCAUAGAGAAUCAUGCCAACAGCAGCAGUAUUGAUAGUGGUACAUUAUCAUUCCUUAAAGGGGAACUGCACUUUUGGGGAAAUUUUGACCAUCAUUCACAAUCCUAAUUUGAAAUAUGCUUAGAAACAAGCUUAGUAAAUUGAACACUGUUGGAGUUUUUUUUUUUGUGAGGGCUUUAGCGUCAAAAUAAGUAUUUCCCAGGCUCAUAUGCCCUGGAAUGCACAGAAAGGGAAAGAAAUGUGUCUUCAUUUUUCACAUAAGGAUUGUGAAUGAUUCCAAAAAAGUGCAAAACCAGGUAAAGAGCAUUGAUGGCAUUCUUUAAAAGGGGACAGACAGAAAGAAAUGAGCAAAACCGAACACCACAAACAACAACAGAAACAGAAAAAGGGAGGUGCGGAGGAAAGAAAGAAUAGACACCAAAAUAAUGCUAUCCUUUGUGACACUGACAACAGCAAAAACAAUACCAUCAUAGGAGGGGACAGAGCAAAAACAGAAGGCAGCAGCAAUGGCUGCUACCUACUGUAUGUAACAUUGGAUGGCGGCAUUUCAAAGGACCUCAGUAAUGCAUCACUGCUUGACCUAAUUCAUUAUAUAAUGUCAUCAGUUAAUAAUCAUUUACUUGGAAAUGGGUGGAAGCAAGUCAGCAAGCUUCCUUGUUUUUUUGGUUUUUGAGCUUGAACGCCAACAGGAAAUGAAGCAAACAUUAGCAAUUCUGUAGCAAUCAUCAUACCAUCUUAAAAGCACUCCUUCAAUAAGCCUACAACUGAAACCUGUACCUUGCUACUUUAUUAGAAUAAUUUAGAAAUCAUUCCAUAAGACAAGGAUAAUGUGUUUAUUGGCUGUUCUUUUUGCAUUUAUUUUCCCAUUUGCAGUAUAACACGGAGUAUUUGAAAAAUACAACAGACAGUCAAAGACAUUGUAACAUUGAAAAAGACAUAGAAACAAUGUUGCAUCAGCGUCUGCUCCCCAUCACACAUUGGUCACCUCCUUUUCUGUGGAGCUUGUAGCCUUGGUUUCAUGAAUAGCGCUGCUGAUCUUGAGCGUGUGGUCCUCGCUGAGCAAGUGCAGGAUGUUACACAAGGAGCGGUUCAUGGUGUCUUUGAAACCCCGUCCCAGACACACAUAAAGUAGCGGGUUGAGACAGCUGUUGAAGUACGCCAGGCAGAGCGUCAGAACAUGGGCCAGGUACACAGAGGGACUGUGAGGGGAAUUCCGAGGCGUUACCAGGAGGAGGAAGUCUACGAUAUGCAGAGGGAGCCAACACAAGAAGAAAGACAGCACCACGGCCACGAUGACCUUCAGCGUUCGCUUGGAGCGAGUCCUGCCUUGAGCCAUUUUACUUUCGGCUCUCAUGUAGACCACCCAGUGACAGAUCACAAUGACCAGGAGGGGGAGGAUGAAUCCGAGCAGAAAGCGGAAUACAGUAACGAUCCAGGCGCUCUCUAUGCUGUGCACCACCAGGCACUCUUUCUUGUGUUCGCCCAGCGUGAUCUCCCUGGUGUAGACAAACUGCGGGAUGCUCCCUACGAGGGCCAGGCACCACACUACGACGCAGCCUACUAUAGCAUACUUGGGUCGCCUGUUGUUGUGGCACCACACUGGCCUGAUCACCAGCAAGCACCGAUCCAGACUUAUGAAGACCAACUGCAGGACGCUGCAAUACAUGACCAAGUAGAAAAAGCCUUUGACCAACGUGCAAGCCAGCGGGCCGAAGUGCCAAUGGUCAUCAUGGGCCAGAGGCACCAUGAGAAGAGGCAGCGAGAGGCAACACAGGAGGUCAGCCAACGCCAGGUUGAGGAACCAGAUGGACGUGACCGACGGGGGCAUGUUGAAGCCGGUCACCCACACCACGAUGGCGUUUCCGGGAACGCCAAAGGCAACCACCAGUGCGUAGCAGGUCAGGGCCACAAUUUGGAUGGGUUGAAUCUUGGGCAUCAUGAUGUCGGGAAAGUCGGGGAAAGUGAAGUUUAAGUCUAAAUCGGUAAUGUUGAAGUCCGUAUAAUCACCCAGGGAGGAGACAUCAUCCAUGAUUGAGCUGCAGAUCCAAAAAAUAGAUGAUCAGUUUCGCCUUUUCAAGCUGUUUCAAUUUUCAGACUUCCUGGAUCCAACUUUGGGAUUUGGUAGAAAAAUAAUAACACAGGCCAAACUGUUGAGUGACAUUGUUUUUUUUCCACAUUGUGCUCAGAUAAUCCUCCUUUUUGUGUGGCAGAAACACAUAGAACUGAACUGACACUUCAAACUCAAUCAAACUCACAUUUUCGGAUUGUGAAUGAUUGGCAAAAUUCCAAAUAAAAGUUUUUCUUUAAGACAAAAAGAAGUUAAUACUUAAUACUAACUUAAUUUAACCCCCCAAAAAACAAAUUCAGGUUUUACAUGAAGUACCACACAAGGACUGGUUACUGUAUAUAAAGUAAAACUAAUCUUGCACAAUAAUAGGAAUAGUAACUGCAAUUGUAAUAUGGAAUCAUUUCCACAAAUACUUGACUUACAACGUCAGCUCUUCAGUUGCUGUUGCACACCCUCUUAGCGGAAAGGAAGUGAUGGGCUGUUCUCCUGAUGCAAGGUUUUAUACCCCAAAGACACACACACACGUCUGCGAUUGGCUGGCGACCAGUCCAGGGUGUACCCCGCCUCUCGCCCAAAGACAGCUGGGAUAGGCUCCAGCAUACCCGCGACCCUCGUGAGGAUAAGCGGGACACAUACACUUCUGCUCUGAUGGUGUUGAAAUGUGUUACAGAGGGCAUUUUUUAUGACUGUCAAAAUUAUUUUGUAUGUAAAUGAGGCAUACCAAUAUUAGUAUUUAUUAUUAUUGUUAAAUUAACAAAUUAAAUACCAAUAAAUAAAAUGUUUUUUUUAAUUUUAAUUAAUUAAUUUAUUAUUUAAUUUUUUUUUAUUUUAUUUUUUAUUCUUUUUUAAGUUAUUGUUUUUGGAGGACCUAUUCAAACACCAUGUGUAAAUGCAAUUUUUAUGAUUAUCAUCAUCAUGGGUCUGCAUGAACACUUAUGGGCAUACAGUGGCUUUUUGAUGUGUUUUCUUGGAGACACAGUUACUCAUCCACUGUGGAGUGAUUUCACAAUACAAAAGUGGAACUCAAAGCAAAAGGAUACAUCCGCUUCAAUUCACCAUGCAGGAAGCUUCUUCUUCUUCUUCUUUCUCUUCGAGCUUUUCCACCACAGCAAACCAAUCUCCUCCAUCCAACCCUGUCUUCUGCAUCUGUCUCUCUCACUCCAACUACCCUCAUGCCCUCCUUCACUACAUCCAUAAACCUCCUCUUUGGUCCAUGUCCCAACCAUCUCAGUCUGGCCUCUCUGACUUUAUCUCCGGGGCCUCUAACAUGUAAUGUCCCUCUGAUGUACCCGUUCCUGAUCCUAUCCAUCCUGGUCACUCCCAAUGAGAACCUCAGCAACCACAUCUCUGCCAAGAAGCUGUAUUAUACAGUAUAUAACUUAUUAGCAUAUCUUGGAUUGGUUUUAGGCUUUUUAGGUGAUUUUAAACAUGAAAAUUCCCUCCUUUUCUUUAAAUCUGGUCUCACCACAGUUUUUUUAUACCUUUCCUUUCAUUUUAGCUGAAACUCUUCUAUCAAACAUCACGCCUGAAACUGUUUUCCACCCGUUCCAUCCUGCCUGCACACGCUUCCUCAUCUCCUUUUCACAAUUUCCAUUGUUCUGGACUGCUGACCACAGGUACUUAUCUCUUCU